AUGGCCACACCGGGCUACAGACUUGGUGUUGAUGUUGGAGGAACCUUCACCGACGUGUGCGUCAUCACGCCCAACGGCGAGGCGGUACGUACAAAGGUGCCGACCAACACGACGGAUCAGUCCAUUGGCGUGCAGGAAGGGGUGCAACAAGCAAGGAAAAUAUUAAAAGACAAAUAUAACUGGGAGGGCAAGUUUGAGUACAUCCACCAUGGCACGACUACGGGCACCAACGCGGUGCUCGAAGGCAAGGGCGCCAAAUGCGGCCUCAUCGUUACCAAGGGUCACAAGGACAUACUGGCUACAAGACGCAGCCAGAUACCGGGCGGACUAGGUUCUUGGAUGCAUUACGAACAGCCCGAGCCUCUCGUGCCGCUGGAGCGGACCGUUGAAGUCAAAGAGCGUAUCAAGAUUGACGGUGACAUAUUCUACGAGUUGGACGAAGAUGAGCUACGCAAAGAUUUGCAGGAUCUUAAGCGACAACAGCCUCAAGCUAUCGCUGUAUCGCUCAUCAACUCCUUCGCUAACAGCGCGCAUGAAGAACGGAUCAAGGCCAUACUGAGUAGCGAAUUCGGCCCAGACGUUGAGAUCGUGACUUCCACAGAUGUAUUGCCAGAGAUACAGGAAUAUGAGCGUACCGUUACGACCGCUGCAAAUGCCAUCGUUAAGCCAGUAGUCAAGAGCUACAUGCAAAACCUGCAGAAGAAGCUUGCGAACGACACAAAUACGAUUCGCAUCUUGAAGUCCGACGGCGACCUAACGUCGGUCCACCUCGCUGGCGAGACACCAGUGCGCAUCCUCAUGAGCGGUCCAGCUGGUGGUGUCAAGGCAGUCUCGCAUUUGGUCGCCAAGAACACGGCUUACAAAAAUCUCAUCACGUUCGACAUGGGAGGGACUUCCACGGACUGUGCUCUACUCUCAGGCAGCGACGCUAUUAUCCGACGGGAAACCGCAAUCGGCCACUUAUCUGUACGAGCCCCUAGUGUUGAUGUCAACACUGUAGGCGCCGGUGGCGGCUCCAUCGCGAUAUUCAACGACUUUACAAAAACUCUGCGUGUCGGACCAGAGUCCAGUGGUGCUACACCUGGUCCUGCGGCUUACGGCAAAGGUGGAACCCAAGCGACUGUGACCGAUGCAAACUUGGCGCUGGGUCGCCUGCCGUCGAAGCUACUAGGCGGCACAUUUCAACUCGACGUUGCUGCAUCUACUGCUGCAGUUGAGUCAAUCGCUAAGCAGAUGGGCCUCGACACUGCCUCCGCAGCAGAGGGAAUUAUCGACCUGGUGAAUGAGUCUAUGCAUGGGGCUCUUCGUCUGGUAUCCGUCGAGCAAGGCUAUGACCCACGCGACUUCGCGUUAGUUGCUCUCGGUGGCGCUGGCCCGCUCCAUGGUAACGCCCUCGGCCAACUUCUUGGUUCCUGGCCUGUCAUCGUCCCUCCUUCCCCCGGUGUGCUAUGCGCACAAGGCGAUGCUAUCACCAAGAUGUCUCACGAGCAGAGCUGCACUUACAUCCGCGCCUUCUCAGAUAUCCCCGAGGAAGAGCUCAGAGAGACAUUACUUGAUCUCAAGGCUAGUGGUGUAGACACGAUGAAGACUUCGCUUGCGGACGAACAUGCUGCAUUACACGUCAUAUACCAGGCGGAUAUGCGUUAUAAGGGCCAAGCCAUGACACUUACUGUUGACCUGAGUUCGAGUGAGCUCGACAGCUCACAAAAGCUCGUGGAUAUCCUACGUACCAAGUUCAAUGAAGCCCAUCAACAUCAGUUUGGCUUCUCUCAUGCGCAUGCAGAGACGGAGACGAUGCGCUUGCGUGCUAAAGUCGUCGAUGCUUCCGAAGAGGUGGCCUUCAAACCCCUGGAAGAUGCUCGUACUUCUGACCCCUGGGAGGGCGCCAUUACAGCUAAGCAGGUUAUUGUUUGCGAAGGCAAAGAAGUUGAGGCCACAUUCUGGGACCGUUCCAAGAUUGGAGGAGCUGGAAAAGUCAUACAUGGUCCAGCUGUUAUCACAGAAAUGGACUCGAACACUCUUAUACUGCCUGGCUUUUACGGAAAGAUCGAUUCCAUGGGUAACAUACUCAUCUGGCCCACGGAAAAGAAGGAAGAACGAAAGACUGUACAUACAAAAGAGUCAGCCCAAGACAUGGUCAAAGAGCAGCCCAUCAUCGCUACUCUCAUUGCCUCUGCGCUUGGUUCUAUCAGAAGAGAGAUGGAUGCACUUCUACUUCGUUGCGCCAUGAGCCCGGCGAUCCGAGAACAGCAAGACGAGUUUAACGUAAUCACCAAUACACGUGGCCAGAUGCUUGUUGGUCAGUUCGGGUCUUUCAUACAGCAGUUUUUGAACGGCUGGAGUGGCACGGUCGAGGAGGGCGACGUUUUCGUGACCAACGACGUAUACCAGAUCGAUGGCGCCGUAUCGCACCUUAACGACGUCAUCGUGCUGCUUCCCAUAUACUAUGAGCACAACCUCAUAGGCUGGGCGGCAAACUUCGGUCACAUAACCGAUGUGCAAGGGAAAGUCCCGGGCUCCAUGAGCAUCAAUGCCAGCACCAUUUACGAAGACGGCCUUCAAAUUCCUAUCGUCAAGCUCUACACAAAGGGUGUUUACAACGAAACCCUUGCGACGGUGCUGUUCCGGAAUUCUCGUGCCCCGGAUUGGUUCCAGAGUGACCUCAUGGCGCUCGUUACCGCCUGUCGAACAGCUGCUACACGUGUCACUGAGCUUUGUGAACGCUACAGCCUGGAGGUGUACGAGGCAGCUACUGACUAUCUGCUAGAGCAGAACAAGCUUGCUAUCAGUAGGAUCAUCAAUGAGAAGAUCAGCGAUGAGGUGUCGAGCUUUACCGACUUCAUCGACGAUGACGGACAAGGCAUUGGUCCCUACGCCAUUACUUGCUCGAUGAAAAAGCAAGAUGGGAAGCUCAUCUUUGAUUGGGACGGCACUUCACCUCAGUCCAAUAGCUCGAUGAACUUUUAUCUUUCAAUUACCUUGUUCAAGAUGUUCAUCGGGUAUCAUUUGCUCGCCAUCUACGACCCUUUCGCAGUGGUCAAUGAUGGCUUCCAUGAUUUGCUGGACAUCAAGAUCCCGACUGGUACCAUUCUGCGUCCUGUACGUCCAGCAGCUGUCAGUUGCCGUACUCAUCUCCUCGGUCGUAUCAUGGAUGUCUUGCAAGCGCUGUUCGGUCAACAAAACCCCGCCUAUCGUUGCGCCGCAGGUUUUUCCGAUUCGCCGCAUCUCUUCUAUUCUGGUUUCAAGCCCGACGGCGAGUUCUACUUGCUCUACCAGAUCGGCUUUGGCGGUGUGCCUGCGCGACCGAUCGGUGACGGACCAGACUGCCACUGCCUCUUUCCAGCCAUCAAAUCCAUUCCAGCUGAGAAUAUCGAGCUCUACUACCCCGUCAUCAUUGAGGCCAACGAAGCUUUGCCAGACUCUGGAGGCCCAGGUUUCUACCGAGGAGGUAAUGCACAGAGGACUUUGUAUAGAUGGUUAUGCGAAGGCGAUGUCAGCACGCACGACGACCGGUGGUUGACCAAGGCAUGGGGUGUUAACGGUGGUAAGCCGGGAAGCAGAUCAAGGAAGAUUCUAUACCGAAAUAACAGCUAUGGCACACUAACGGAAAAGGACAACAUCGAGCUUUGCCAGUCGAAGCAGGAUCACAUACAUGUUUAUCCAGGCGACGUGUUGGAGUGGAUCACCUGGGGUGGUGGUGGUCUUGGCGACCCUCUCACACGCCCUCCCGAACGUGUGGCCCAAGAAGUCCGCCGCCGACUCGUUACCGUCGAAGGCGCGAGAGACAACUACGGUGUCGUAGUCGAUCCACACACUUUCACCUUCGAUAAGUUUGCCACUUCGACACUUCGCAGCAAGAGACGAGAAGAGCGCGCGAUAGAGGGAUAUAGUACUGACAACGUGAUUGACCGCGGCGGCACUCUCAGUGAGUUGAUGCAAAAGUGCGAAGCUGAGACCGGAUUGAAGCCUCCGGUACCGCAGUGGGAGAAGAAGAUUUACGGACCGCAUGCAGGAUUGGAAUAUGUGAGGAACUGGUAUGAGAAGAUGAAGGUAGAGGGGAUGGAAAGGUGGGAUAAGGCUUAA